GCGAACACAGAGCAGCCUGGUCCUUUGUUCCACAUUGUUCUGGGUAACGAGGCGUGUGAUGUGGACUCGGUGGUGUCCGCCCUGGCCUACGCCUACUUCCUGUCCAAGACUUCGCCCAGUGAAAUGCUCGCUCUCCCUCUGAUGAACAUCCGUCAGUCAGAGCUUUUGCUGCGUUCAGAUGUCGUCUUCCUGCUGCAACAAACUGGAUUGUCUCCAGAACUCCUGAUGUUCAGAGACCAGCUCGACCUCCGAGUCCUGCACCGAGACGGACGCCUGCAGCUGACACUGGUCGACCACAACGUCUUACCCAGUUCAGACAGUGACCUGGAGGGGGCGGUGGUGGAGGUGAUCGACCAUCACCUGUUGGAGAGAGAGCCCUCUCCCUCUUGUCCUGUUACUGUGGAAACAGUGGGAUCCUGCGCUACCUUGGUAACGGAACGCAUCAUCCAGAAAGCUCCACAGAUCCUGAACCAGCAGCUCGCUCAGCUGCUCUACG